AUGGAUAUGCUACAUAAAUUCGACAAUAGCUUGGUUUUUCUUACAACCCGUAAUGUGGGAGUGCUAAUAAGGGCAGGAAUAACCUUUGGGUAUAAUCUUAAGGGAAUGAACAGCAAUGAUGCAAGAGAGCUCUUUUGUUGGUAUGCCUUAGGUCAACCCCAACCAACUACCGGAUACGAGGAUGUGGUAGAAGCCUUAAUAGACAUCUGUGGAGGCUUGCCUCUGUUUCUUCAAGUUCUGGGGAGGCAUGUUCAUGGUAGAAAACAGGACUACUGGUGGUUAGAAUUUAAUAAAGCUCGUAAGGUGCUGCCACGAGACAUAAGGCAGAAACUUAAAAUAAGCUUCGAUGCAUUAGAUAGUGAGGAAAAACAAAUUUUCAUGGAUAUUGCAUGUUUCUUUAUUGGCAAAUCAAAGAGCAUGGCCAUACAGGCGUGGGAUGGAUCUGGAUGGAGUGGCCAACAUGGAUUGCAAACACACAAAAAUAAGUGUCUUGUUGAAGAAAUUAUUGACUAUUCUGAUCAGGAUUGCAUUUUACUGAGGAUGCAUGAUCACCUGUGGGAUUUAGGAAGAGAAAUGGCAAAUGUGUUGACUUUUCCUCUUCGCCUGUGGCACCCUCAAGAUCUUAAAUCUUUCUUUUUAAGUGUUGCUGCCGUUAUAUUGAGCUGUUUGCAACGGCUUUGUCUGCAUCAGUCGUUGAGAAUAAAGCAACAGAGGGAUCCAGAUUCUAUUAGUGGAAGUUUAAGCUUCAGGGUAGAAAAGGGUGAUAUUAAGUUAAAGAUUGGUGAGGGAGAAGGGACUUAUGUAAACCUUCUUGUCCGUGAAUACAAGUUAUUAAUGUUUCUUGCAUGCUGUGAUGCUGUAUAUAUUUCUUUUCUCUCUGGACUGCUGUGCUUUGUUAAAGAAGAUGCAAUUCAUUUAUGGUUAUCUGGGACACUGCAUCAGUUUGUUGUCAAAGCAUUUCACCCUUUGCAGUUUUGUUCUUCCUGCCAGGCAUUUCAUUUCUUCAUUCGCCUAUUCAUGGAUCUUAUCCCUUAA